CACGCCGCUGGCCCGCGAAGCCGGCGCAGCGUGUUCGCCGCUCCUGAGGGGAAGGAGCGGGGCUGCUCGGCGGCAGCGGGGCGAGGCUACCGGCACCGGCGAGCCGCCCCGCUAGGAACCGCCGCUCUCCGGCCACGGGCACGGGCGGGUUGAUUCCUUCGGUGCUGCCGCUCCCCCGCCGGCACCGCCACAAGUUUGUCCUGCGCGGCCACUGUCGCGCCCUCUUCGCUCUCCCCGCGGGCGGCCGCGUGCGCAUGCGCGGCGGUGGCGGCGGCGCUCCAAGAUGGCGGCGCCCGGCGGGGAGGCGGCGGGCGGUUUCGCGGCCUGGCUGGCGGGGCGGCUGGAGGCGCUGGGCCUCGACCGCGCCGUCUACGGUGCCUACAUCCAGGGGCUGCUCCGCGAGGAGGAGAGCGAUGAGGAGCGGCUGGAGGCGCUGCGCGGUGUCCUGGCCGCCUGUCUGGAAGAAGAUCUCUUAAACGAUGUUUGCAGGGAAGUAGUCGAGAAGUGGUCUGAAUCUCAGAUUGUUGACACCAAAGAGAAAAAAGAAGAUGAGAUCCAAGCCAUCGCCAGCAUGAUGGAGAAGCAGGCCAAGAUUGUGGUGAAGCCAAAGGAGGUCUCCCAGGAAGAGAAGCAGAGGAAAGCUGCCCUCCUGGCCCAGUAUGCCAAUGUGACGGAUGAGGAGGAUGGCGAGGAUGAACAGGAUGGAUCGACUGCAACAGCCGUAAAUAUUGGAUCGGAAAAAUCGCUGUUCCGAAACACAAACGUGGAGGAUGUGGUGAAUGCCAGGAAGCUGGAACGGGAGCUGCUGCGAGAUGAGUUCCAGAAGAAAAAAGAGCAAGAUAAACUCCAGCGAGAGAAGGAUAAGCUAGCCAAGCAGGAGCGGAAGGAGAAGGAGAAGAAAAGGACACAAAAAGGCGAGCGGAAGCGAUAGCUAGGGUUUGCCAGUUGGACUCUCAAGGGAUAAAAUUAAUUACGAAUAUGGUGUGUGUUUAAAAAGCAGCAGAAAUUCUGGGCACGUGGCUGGCGAGUGGUUCUUUGAAAGCAUUUCUGUUUUUUUUUAAUUUUUUUUUUUUUUUUUUACAUAGCAGAAAAGAAAUUUCAAGCACCUCUUAAACUUGGUGUGCCAUGUGCUUGUGGUGUCAAAUGUCCAAGUCGGUUAUUGUGGCCAAUGUCCGUACCAAAGAACGGUGAAGUGAUUAUGUCCGUGUUUUAAAUUGAUCGAUUAUUUUUACUUCUAAGCACUUCAAGCAAAGCAAAACAAGAUGUAGGAGAGGGCUGCGUCCUGUCGGCCUUGGUUUGCAGCAACAGCGUGUUAUGAUUUGAGAGCGGAGCAGAGCCCCUUUCUGAUGUGUAAUUAAGGACUUGCUGCUGCAGGGCGAAUGUGAAUUUAUUUACACUAGCCUUGAAAAAUGUAUUUGCAAAUAGAUGUAUUUAUGCUGCCAAGAACAAUGCUACGUCUUCGUUCUGGCUGAGCUGGGGGCGCAGGGUUUGGAGCUGACCUCGGCGAGGGGAAGCGCCGUUCUGCAGCGAGGGAGAGGAAACGGUAUGAAAUAUAGAUGAGUUGCAGCUAUGAGUCUGCAUCACCCGUGGGCUCACAGUAAGGGAAAUGCCGCGCUGAUUCGAGCAUCAGCCAGAGAGGUAGCAAAUGGGUCAAGCCCUUAUGCUGUUUUAAGACUUUAUGCUGGUAGCUGGAAAAUGGUGCUCCCCGAUGUUUCGUGUGGGUGAAUGUCAACUGUUAUUUCUAUGGCAGUUGCCAGGGCGAAUGCUUUAAUGCGGGCUGAGCGGCUGUAAGCGAUUUGGGUGUGCAGGGUUUGCAGGUUGGUUGCUCUCACUGGGCACAGCUGUGAUCAAGAGCCGCCUGCGGGGGUGGGAAGGCUUCUCUUGCCCCCAAAGGGCUCAUUACCUGCUGUUUCCAGCCUUUUUUGUGAUGGUCUCAGCCACCUCUGGAGAGAACACUAAUUUCUGUAAACUGAGUGUGAAGGAGGACCUGCAGUGCUUUUGGGGGAGGAACGGGUGGGGCUCGACCUGUGCUGCUCCGUCUGGCCGCUGGCAAGGUGUGCCCCUGGCAGCAGGCGGCUGCUGUGGGUACCUGUCCCCAUCGCCUGCUUUCAGCACUGGCCUGAGUAAAGGGUCAUGCCUCCUGUUUAACUAGCUGCUGCAAGUGUAUCUACCUGCUUUAUCUUUGGACUUGAAAAUAAAACUGGUUGGCCAAGAA